GUAGCAACACAAACUCGUCUUAGAACAACACCGAAGAAAAUAAAGUAGAAAGUAGUAGUUGAAAAUCAGUGCAAAGUCAAUCUAAUCAAAACCGAGAAAGAAGUUGUAUUAGUUCAAAUUUUUAAAACGCAAAAAAGCACACCCAAAUAAAUUUCGCACAAAAAUGGCAAGUGUUUGCAUGCCACAAACGGGUUACCAGCAACAUCAACAACAACACCAUUUCCAAAUGUUGAACGGCAACAUAAUGUUGCUACAAAAGGCACAACACCAACAACAGCAGCUGCAACAACAAAACCUCCACACCGCCGCCUAUCAGCACAAGAAGCACCAGACCAUCGCACCCGCACCAAAAGUUUUGGGCAACAGCAAUCUUCACAACAUCCAAGUGGGUGCCGCAGGUGGUGGUGGUGGCGGCAUGUUGCCGCGCAAGAAGUACACCUACAUGAAUGUGCCGUACGGCGAGCAGCUGCCAUCGGUGGCACGUCGCAAUGCGCGCGAACGCAACCGUGUCAAGCAGGUGAACAACGGUUUUGCCAACUUGCGUCAGCAUCUGCCACAAACGGUGAUCAAUACGUUGUCGCAUGGUGGACGCGGCGCCAGCAAGAAGCUCUCCAAGGUGGAUACGCUACGCAUUGCUGUCGAGUACAUUCGCGGUCUGCAGGAUAUGCUCGAUGAGUCGCAGCCAGCCGAAAGUAAAUUUCAUACCGGCACACUCUGCGAUGAGUCCAGCAACGAUGGCAGCAACUAUGGUUACUCGUCGAUGGGCAGUCCCAGUGAAGCCNCGGAUAUUUCGAUUGGUGGCGUCAAUUAUUUGCAACCAGUGAAACUCGAACACCAGCAGCUGCAGCAGCAGCAGCACCAACAGCCUGCUCAGACGCACUUCAAGUUUGAAGCCUUUGACGAGUUUGCGCAUUUGUCACCUGCAGAUGAGCAACCCGACGAUGAGGAACUGUUGGACUAUAUCUCUUCCUGGCAAGAGCAGUAA